AUGGAUUGUGGUCUUGUGCAGGUCAUAAUGGUUGAAACCGAAGCAAAUGAUCAAGCUAUUGAACUACAUGUAACUGAAGAUAUUGACACAAAUGAUUUUGUAGAAGCAACAUGUGAAUCUGAAAAAAUUAACGAUGUUGAUGUGAACAUUGAGUGUGACGAAGAUGAAGUUAGUGAUGAAAGUAUAUUGGGAAAGGUUUUUGAUACCGCAGAUGAUGCAUAUAACUUUUAUAAUGAUUAUUCGUUUUUACAUGGAUUUGGUGUACGUAAAAAUGACAUAUUUAAAAGCUUGAAAACAAAUGAGCCUUUUCGGAAGAUCUAUGUAUGCAACAAAGAAGGGUUCAAACGGAGUAAAAAAAAUGAUUCAAGUGAAAAUGAGACAAAACGUCGUAGAGAUGUUAGAACCGGAUGCCAAGCAAGGCUUCGAAUUACAAUACAAAAGGAUGGGAAAUGGUUAGUGGACUUGUUUAAUGACACACAUAAUCACGAAUUGAGCAUGACACCAACGAAGGUGAUGAAGCAUCGAUCUCAUAAUAAGUUCCACCGUUCCAUGGAAUGUAAAUCUCUUAUGGUUGAACUUGGACAAUCAGGGUUGAAACCUAGUAUGGUUAAAAAGGCUAUUAAUGCAAUGAAAACAUCAAAUGAAGUUGAUGUUACUUCAAAGCAAUGUGCUGAUGUCUUAUCCGAGCAACGAAAACAACAUAAAGGAAAAGAGUUUUAUGGACUUAUAAAACAUUUUCAAGAUAAAACAUUAGUUGAUAAUGACCAGUAUUUUGUCGUGGAUUUGUGCGAUGAUGGGUGUCCUAAAAAUAUUUUCUGGGCUGAUGGAAGAUCAAGAGACGCCUAUACAAAGUUUGGAGAUGUUGUUGUGUUUGAUGUCACUUAUAUGACAAACAAAUUCAAGAUGCCUUUUGCUCCCUUUACUGGGGUGAAUCAUCAUGGACAGUCUAUACUUUUUGGUGGAGCAUUGCUAGAAAACGAAAAGGAAGAAACAUUUGAAUGGUUAUUUGAGCAUUUCCUCAAAUGUAUGUUUAACAAAUAUCCGAAAGCAAUUAUUACUGAUCAAGACAAAGCUAUGGGAAAUUCAAUAAAAAGAGUUUUUCCAAACACUCGUCAUCGUUUUUGUGAAUGGCAUAUCAAGAAGCAUGAACCGGAACACCUCCGACCUUAUGUUUCCCGUUAUAGUGAUUUUCAACACUCAUAUAGAGAAUGGGUAAACAGUGACACCAUUGAAGAAUUUGAAGCCACGUGGGAAGUUAUACGUUGUAAGUACAAACCAGAAAUACAAUAUGACAAAGCAGUUGCGUCACGAAGGGCCGCCGAAGAAGAUGAAGAUUUCAAGACUAUGAAUUCGAGGCCGGUUCUGUCCUCAGUACAUCCAAUCGAAGCAAAAGCAGAGUGGAUAGAAGCUAAUAAUAAUUUAACUCAUGAGACACUAAGCAAAAGUAUAGAAGAAAGCAAAUAUCAAGUUGGGCGACUAGAUGUUGAUAAAACAUAUUGGCGCAUUGUUACUUUUCGUUCUUUGAAUCAAGUCAGCGUCACAUGUUCGUGUGCUAAGUAUGAGACACAUGGCAUUUUAUGCAAGCAUAGCCUGUAUGUGAUGAAGAAGAGGCAUGUUCAAACACUCCCCGGUCAUUAUAUUUUACCCCGAUGGACCCUUAAUGCUAGGUACAAGGUAGGUAGUGUUAGUAUCGGACUCAGUGAUAUGAAUACUGAAAAUGGAUUUAGUACCUUCACAUUAUGGUGCGUCCGUUCAAAUUUUAAUAAACUAAUUGAACAAGCAAGAGACUCUCCUUUGGAGAUACAGAAACUUAAUACGCUAUUGAUAAGUCUUUUAGAGGAUCAAGCAGUACGAAAGAAAUCUAUAUCUUUUGAGAAUACAUCUCAAGGUUCUUGUAUGGGAAUUUCGCAAGUAGAUAUGAUGCCACAGUUAUCUGUCCGUGAUCCUCUUGGUCCAACUACUACAAAAGGGCGUCCUAAAGUUGCUAGUAGAAUCAAGUCUCAUUUAGAAGCCCCCAAAAAGCGAACGUGCUCUUACUGUCAAGGAUUGGGUCAUUACGCUAGUAGUUGUUCAAAAAGAAAGGCAGAUGAAUCGAUGCACGAGAAAGAAAAAUAA